AUGUUUGAUGCGCAUCCUAAUGACCCCGAGUGUCAGGAGCUCCGCGUACUGUCUAAGAGAGACACCUCCUAUGACUCCCCACUUAACGGCCAGGAAAUCAUCCGGCUGAGCAAUCUAUACGACAAGAUGGUGAGGGGGUUUUUGUCUCGAAGCAAGGUGGUGGCAACCACCCUCUCCAAUGCCGCUCAGGGAUGUUUGAAGUAUUCAGACGUCAAACAAACUUGA